ACGACGGCCAGAGCCGGGUGGGCAUGGGGAGUGGGUCAGGGUCACCCGAGUGGGACUGAGCACCCACUGCGGGAAAGGGUCCCGGAGGGAGCCAGGAGUAGGACAGGGCUGGGAAGGAGCAGCGAAGCGGGGUUAAGGGGAGAAGGGUGCUGGGUCACCCCUUGGAGCUGGGGUCCUGAUGCAGCCCCCCACCCGCAGGGCCAUGCAGGAGGAGCUGGGCUGUCCCCAGCCCCUCGGGGACUGAGCCGGGACACCCGUGGACGGGGCAGCAGAGGGGUGCUUCCAGCUAUGGGAGGCCCAUGGCAGCCCCCCGGCACCUGCGUGCUGCUGGUACUGCUGCUCGCACUCCCGAUGCUUCGGGUGCGAGCAACACAUCCUGACUGCUCCGUCGUCCUCUAUUUCCAAGAGCAAGAAGCUGAAUGUCUGGAGAUUAUCAGGCGUGAAAGCCAAACGCCAGCCCCCCCCGGGCAGCAAGGCUGCCUGACCGAGUGGGAUGGAGUGAGCUGCUGGUCAGCCCUGCCCGUCGGCCAGUCCCGAGCCGUCGCCUGCCCUGAAAUCCUCCAUGUCUUCAAGAAGUCCAAAGUGCUGAUCCGGAGGAACUGUACCGAGUCGGGAUGGAGCUUCCCCAGCCCUCCCUACUACAACGCCUGCGAGCUGGAGGCCAUUGGCAGCAAUAAUGACACCGAGGCCAAGAAAGGCUAUUUUGUCACCAUGAAGGUGCUUUACACCUGCGGCUACUCCACGUCCCUGGCAGCCCUGUUGUUGGCCAUCGGCAUCUUCUCCUGCUUCAGGAAGCUGCAUUGCACCAGGAACUCCAUCCACAUCCACUUCUUCACAUCCUUCAUACUUCGCGGGGCUGCCGUGUUCAUCAAGGAUGCUGUCCUCUUCUCAGAUGAGUCCAUCGACCACUGCACGAUGUCGACGGUGAACUGCAAAGCAGCCAUCGCCUUUUUCCAGUACUCAGUCCUGGCCAACUUCUACUGGCUGUUGGUGGAGGGCAUGUACCUGCAGACCCUGCUGCUGCUCACCUUCACCUCCGACAAGAGGUACAUCUGGUGGUACAUCCUCAUCGGCUGGGGCGUCCCCAUGCUUACAGUCUGCGUAUGGGUGGUCACCAGGCUGCAGUACGACAACCACGGAUGCUGGGACGACUACACCAGUCUCUACUGGUGGGUGAUCAAGGCUCCCAUCCUCCUGGCCAUAUUUGUGAACUUCCUUAUCUUCCUCAAUGUCACCAGGAUAUUAGCACAGAAGAUCCGGUCCCCGGACAUCAGCAAAAACUACAAGCAGCAGUACAUGAGGCUGACGAAGUCCACGCUGCUCCUUAUCCCUCUCUUCGGGGUACACUACGUGGUGUUCGCGCUCUUCCCUGAGCACAUCGGUGUGGACGCCCGGCUGUACUUCGAGCUGGUCCUUGGCUCAUACCAGGGGUUCCUGGUGGCUCUGCUGUACUGUUUCCUGAAUGGGGAGGUCCAGGCUGAGAUCAAGAGGAACUGGGGCAAGUGGCAGUCCUCCAUGGAGAGCAACGUCUUCAACCUGGCGACCCAAGACUUCACAGCAUGACAAGGACAGCGUUUGGGGGGAAAUACUUCCCCGAGGAUGUUGGUGGUGGUGCAGCUCCACAGCUAUGGUCCCAGAAACACAAUAAGAAGGGUUUUGUAGGUUCUGGGUCUGGCAUCCUCAGAGGGUGGUGUGAAGGGCUGUUGGGAAAGGUUCUGCCUGCUCAGGUGCUGGUAGCUCUCAUGGAUCCAUGAUGGUGUCUCACCUGCCCAAAGCUCCCUUCAUGGUUUGGUCAGUAUUUUAGGCAAAGGGAAAAGAGCUUCUCCACCUUUUCUGCCCCAGGACUGGGUAGGAAACACAAAUAUAAUUUCACAAAGGACAUCUGGCAUUUUUCAUUCAGCACUGGAGUGAAAACUGAAGUGGCCCCAACCUGGAGGGUUUUUUUUCCCCUCCUUUGGUUUACAAAAUCAUUUCCCUUAUGGGAAGAUGCCUAGACACAGCCCCCAGGAGCCAUUCUGAGGGUGGGAGAAGCAAAUACAGAGACAGGCAAAAACUGACAGCUCUCUAUGUGAGACUCUUGAUGGUCUCAUGACUCAGAUCCUCCCCUGCUUUCCAGAAUGUUUCCAUUUCUCCCUGCCCAUUGCUUCAGCUGCACUCGGUGCCGGGAAAGAUAGUCCAUCAUCCUUGCCAUGCCAGCUCGUAGGGGCUCUGCACCUCUCCCAGGGGCUUUGUACCAGAGAGAUAGGAUGGUUUGCAAGCAGGGACUCACCUGUCUUCACUGAGGACUCAUUUGCCUGGAACUAGCGAGGUUUUUGCCAAUAAAAUCUUGUUCUGA